CAUACCGCGGUCCAUUCAAGUUCGAGAUGAAAAAAAAUAUUUUCAUAAAUUUUUAUUAGCUCCACGAUUUUCAGAUAAUAUUUUAUUACAAAAAUCUAAAAUAAAUAUUCCGUGCAUUGUCAUGGAAGUGCUGGAAAUGUGAUUAAAUAUUGCAUAACAUUUUUCAUAUUUUUUCAAUGCAUUGUUUAUAACCUUGGUAUUAUAAUCGGAAAUAAAAGUGUAAUUAAUUAUACAUAUCCGACCUUGAAGUCAAGUCCAAGGUUUUCGCUGUUGAAAAAACCGGCACAAUGUUGAAUACAGGACUUCGCUACACCAAAAUGCAUUUUAAACCAUUAUUACGAAUCACUAGUUUACACCUACCAAAGCAGAUAGCAAAUGUACAAAGACUAUCAUGUCUAUGUGGUCAACCAUACUACAAAGACCAGAAAAAAGUCUUACAUAGAGUACAUUCAACGCAAAGUGAUCAAAGACGACAGAAGGUUGUUAUUGAAACGAGUACACCGAAAAUUGUGAUCGAGAAGAUAAAGCAUGAUAAGUUAGGGAGUAGUUUAAGCUUGAAUUGGCGGGAGAAGAUUGAUCCGUAUGUUAGGUUGGCUAGAUGGGAUAAACCUAUUGGUGUAUACCUCCUCUACUUCCCAUGCUCAUGGUCGAUAGCGCUCGGCUCAAUCCCCGGUAACGUCGAUCUAACCACAAGCCUGUACACCGCGGGGUUGUUCCUCGCUGGUGCGGGGCUGAUGAGGGGCGCCGGGUGUACAAUUAACGACUUGUGGGAUAGAGAUGUCGAUGCUAUGGUAGAAAGGACAAAAAACAGACCGCUAGUGUCUGGAGCGAUAUCCCAAAGCCAAGCUAUAGGGUUCCUAGCGUUGCAGCUUAGUCUAGCACUAGGUAUACUGCUACAGCUCAAUUGCUAUAGUGUCGUGUUGGGAGCUAGCAGUAUGCUGCUAGUAGUAACGUACCCGCUAGCAAAACGCUUCACCCGUUACCCCCAAGUAUGCCUGGGUGCAACUUUCAACUGGGGCACAUUAUUGGGGUACACUGCCCUACAGGGGCACUUGGCGAUGGAUGUGUGUCUGCCCCUCUAUACCGCAGCGCUGGCUUGGACGGUGCUAUAUGACACUAUUUAUGCGCAUCAGGAUAAAAUCGACGAUUCCCGCAUCGGAGUGAAAUCAACAGCACUAACAUUCGGGGAACAUACAAAGCCGGCAUUAUCAUGUGCUCUUUUACUGAGUCUGGCCGGUUUCAGCAUGGCGGGAUAUGCGGCUGAGUUGGGAGCGUUAUACUACAUGGGGUUGGGCGCAUAUGCGGGCCAUGCGGGCAGACAGAUAUACACCCUGAAUCCAGACAACCCCGAAGAUUGUGCUAAUAAAUUCAAAUCUAACGCGUGGGUAGGUCUUAUAAUACUUAUGGGCAUUCUUGGAGGAGGUUAUAGUAAGUAUAUAGAGAAUAGGGGCAAAUUUAGGGGCAAUGAAGAUGUUAGUUUAACGAAGAGCUGUGUUUUUGGUUGAAUAUAUAAAAAUGGGGCCCUGGAGGCCCCGGUAUAAUAACAAAAAGUAUGCUUAAAAACUAUUAGUUCAAGUUUUAUUUGUUUUUUAUUGUCAUGGUGGAUAGUACUGUAUUGUGGGGUCCCGUGUGUACUGUGUUGUGAAUAUUUGUGUGUAUGUAUGCGUGGAGUGGUGUUACUAGUGUCCCGAGAAUUUUGGGCCACGGUUUAUGUACAAGUUUUGUAUUCUGUACAACUUGUGUAUGUGAAAACUGUAUGGCGGGCAAAUGUGCCUUACGUUUGCGUUAUUAUACUUUUUUUUAG